AUGGCUAAAGAGGCGUCAGUCAUACACGCUGCUGUAAGAUCUAAGAAUCUAGGCAUAUUGGAAAGAGUAAUGAAGGAAUUACCCGAUUCUAUUGACUCACAAAACGAAAAAGGAUGGAAGCCACUAUCAUAUGCAGCAUCUGAAGGUUGCAUAGAAGAAGUUCGCUUCUACCUGAACAACUUUCCACAUUCAGCUAAGAAAGUCGAUAGAGAUGGCUCCUUACCAAUACAAAAGGCACUUGGUGCAGGUCAUAUUCAAAUAUUAAAUUUGCUGGUCAAGUUUAUGAAUAGGUCUGAGUUACCUAGUUUUCUACUUGAAAGGAACAUAGAUGGUGAUACUGCCUUGCACCUUGCCCUUAUGGGCAAGUGUGAAGAUGUUGCACUCAAUUUCAUAGAGUUGGCACCGCUAUAUUGGGCAAUUGAAAGAGGGUACAAUAACAUGGUGAGGCGCAUCUUCCAACUAAUUCCGGGGACUAGGAUUGACUCAUCAAUAAAAAAGAGUCUGCUAAGGGCUACAAAGGCGUCAGUUGUACACGCUGCUGGCAUAACAAUGGGUAAUGACGAGGAGCCACCACAAAAGACAAUCGCCGCCGCCGUCGAUCUGGACUACUAUCUUGGGUCAGGUGACGGCCCCGGUAUUGUCAUCACCCCUGUAAAACUUCGAGGAGCGUCGAACUACGAUGAGUGGGCCAAAGCGAGUUUGGAUGAGAGUGGGACUACGGGUCCUGAGACCGUGUCGUCGCCUGCAGGUGAUACUGCUGGGGUGUCGCCGCCUACAGUUCGCUACCUCCUGAACAAUUUUCCGGAUUCUGCAAAGAAAUGUGAUAGAGAUGGCUCCUCACCAAUACACAAGGCAGUUGGUGCAGGCCAUGUUCACAUUGUGGAUGAGUUUAUAUCAUCUUGUCCCUCCACUAUAAAUGAUGUUGACAAAAUAGGUCAAAGCAUUCUUCAUAUUGCUGUUAAAUACAAUAAAGCUGAUGUUUUCGCUUACUUAAGAAGGAGGCAUGAUAUCCAGAAGAUGUUCAAACUGAAAGAUAAUGAAGGUACAACUUCCAUGGAUUUAGUUAGAAAGCUCGGGAAUUUUUGA